AUGAAAUCUGGAUUACUUCAAGCACUGCCCAUUUUCCAUGGCCUCAACGUUGAAGAUCCUAAUAAACACUUGAAGGAGUUUCUAUUUGUUUGCUCAAGUAUGAUGCCCCAAGAGGUUGAUGAAGAACUCUUCAAGUUAAAGGCAUUUCCAUUUUCUCUGGAGGAUCGUGCUGAGGAUUGGUUAUAUGAGCUGCCUGAAGGACAUAUUACAUCUUGGAAAGGAUUAAGGAAAGCAUUUUUGGAAAAGUAUUUUCCCACUUCACGUGUGAUCAUGCUUAGGAAGAAAAUCACAGGAAUUACUCAAGAUGUGCAUGAGACUUAUCCAGCUUAUUAUGAGAGGUUCAAGGCCUUGUUAUCACAAUGUCCACAACAUAACUUCAAGAACGAGAACCUCCUACAAUUCUUCUAUGAAGGACUCACCCAUUUGGAUAGACAAAUGCUAGAUGCUUCUAGUGGUGGGGCUUUUGUAGACAAAACACCAUCAGAGGGAAUGAAAUUGAUUGCCAACCGUGCUAUAAAUGCUCAACAAUAUGAAGGCCUUGGUAAUUCAACGCAGAGGGUAAGUGAGGUAAGUACUUAUGAUCUUUUGGAUCAAAAGCUUAGCAAACUUACUUCAAUUGUGAGCCAGGUACUUAGCAUUCAUGGAAAACCAAUCUCCCAAGGCUGGGAAGAUUGCAACGUUAUUAAUGGCUAUGUUCAACAAGGCUUUCAAACGCCUCAGUUUUCUUCCAACUUUGACUCAACUUCUGACCCUACUUAUGAUAAGAUAUUUGAAGCUUUAACAAGUUCUACUCAAGCACUUGUGGAGAAUCAACAAGGUCAUAGUAAGGACAUAUUGGAAUUGAAGGAACAGAUGGGUCAAGUUUUGAGCUUUAUGGGUAUAAUGUCAGACCCAAAACCCCAAUUUGCUAAGGCUGUCACAACAAGAAGUGGACGUACACUUGUGGACCCACCAAAGAAAGGUAAGAAGGCCCAAGCCGUGAUUGAGGAAGAAGAGGAUAAUGUUGAGUCCUCCAAUAGGGUACUUGAGAAGGACCCUGCUACAUCUAAGGUUGAGACACAAGCUACUCCAAUGUCUGAACCAUCUAAAGGUAACGAUCUUAACUUUCAAAGUUCAGUUAUUGCUAAUCCAUCUCCCCCUAUUCCAUUUCCAAACAGAUUUGCAAAAUCAAAGAAGGAGGAGGAGGAGGAAAAAGCAAUUUUGUGA